UGAACCCAGCAGAGCUGCUGUGUGGAACACGGUGGUCAGUGUGAACCCAGCAGAGCUGCUGUGUGGAACACGGUGGUCAGUGUGAACCCAGCAGAGCUGCUGUGUGGAACACGGUGGUCAGUGUGAACCCAGCAGAAUCCCAGAGGCGGCCUCUCUCUCCAUUCACUGUGGCCCCGACACCAUUUCUAAUUUUGGAAAUCUUGAGCUUGUGUUUGAAGCGUCAGCCGGACUGUCAAUAGCGACCAAUGGGAGGUCGGGAAUGGCCCCUUUAAAAGUCUGAAGCUGACACUGGGCUUGGCGAAUGAUCCCAGGAUCAAAUCCCAGACUCUGACGGACCGGGAGAGGAGAUUAAAGCCAAAUCAGCUCAGCACCAUGAUCCGGGUGAGGUGUCUCCGCGGAGGUAGCAGAGGAGCCGAGUCCGCCCAUUUCUUAGGAGCUCUGAUUGGUCGAGCUGUUGCAGGAUGGGUGCACAAAACUUUCCAAAGCACUCAGACUGCUGCUGCUGCUACUGCUGCAGCCAUCGAGAGUCCCUCUGUUGCAGAUGAUAAUCACAAGGAGAAGGCUACUGAUCCACUUACCGAAGGGUGCCCUGUCUGUUCCUACAAUGAGUGGGACACUCUGGAAGAAGUCAUUGUUGGGAGACCAGAGAAUGCGUGUGUGCCCCCUUUUACAGUGGAAGUAAAGGCCAACACUUACGAGAAAUAUUGGCCCUUUUACCAGCAAUAUGGAGGUCAGAUGUUUCCAAAGGAACAUGUGAAGAAAGCUGUUGCAGAAAUCGACGAGAUGUGUAAUGUUCUCCGUGGGGAGGGAGUCACUGUCAGGCACCCAGAGCUCAUUGACUGGUCUGAAUGUUAUAAGACACCAGACUUUGAAUCUACAGGAAUGUAUGCAGCUAUGCCAAGAGAUAUACUGCUGGUGGUUGGGAACGAGAUCAUUGAAGCACCAAUGGCAUGGCGUGCUCGCUUUUUUGAAUACAGAGCGUACCGGCCACUCAUCAAGGAUUACUUUCUGCGGGGAGCAAAGUGGACAACUGCUCCUAAACCACAAAUGUCUGACAAACUCUAUGACAUGGGUUACCCCAUUCAUUCGGUGGAGGACAGACACAAACUCGCUGCAGAAGGGAAAUUUGUAACCACCGAAUUUGAACCGUGCUUUGAUGCUGCUGAUUUCAUGAGAGCUGGGAGGGAUAUAUUUGCACAAAGGAGCCAGGUGACUAAUUACCUGGGGAUUGAGUGGAUGCGGAGACACCUUGCGCCAACAUACAGGCUUCACACCAUUUCCUUCAAGGAUCCGAACCCCAUGCAUAUUGAUGCCACCUUCAAUAUCAUUGGACCCGGUUUGGUAUUAGCGAAUCCAGACCGCCCCUGUCACCAAAUUGAUGUUUUCAAGAAGGCUGGUUGGACGAUCGUCUCUCCGCCAACUCCUCUGAUAUCUGACGAUCAUCCCCUGUGGAUGUCAUCCAAAUGGUUAUCCAUGAACGUUCUGAUGUUGGAUGAGAAGAGAGUAAUGGUUGAAAGUAAUGAGACUACAAUUCUUAAGAUGUUUGAGAAACUGGGAAUUGAAACAAUUAAAGUCAACAUCCGUCAUGCAAAUUCGUUGGGUGGGGGCUUUCAUUGCUGGACAUGUGACAUCCGUCGUCGUGGCAUCCUCCAAUCAUAUUUUGACUGAGUAUUACAGGGAGUCAGGUCAUUGAGAAAUCAAAGAGGCUAAUGGAAUAUUGACCCUUAUCUCAAUGAGGCUGGAAUACAAAGGGAUGGACGUUUUAUAUAAAGGUUCUGGCACUGCACCUGGACAAGACCUUGGAGAUGUAGAUUCACCAGAACGAUACCGGGGCUAAGAAGGGUUAAAUUAGGAAGACAGGCUGCAUAGACUACUCCGGUAUUUACAUGAGCUUAGAAGAUAAAACACUAAUUAAAAACACAGGCCCUACUCCCAUUUCUAAUUCGUAUGUUCAUAUAUAAAUAUAUUUACAUGUAAUUGGUAUGAUUGAGACGUUUAAGAAAAUUGAAGGAUUUGCUAGGGUAGAUAAAGAGAAAAUGUAUCCGCUGAGGAGAUCUUGAACAAGGAAAUUACCCUCAAAAUUAGAGCUAGGGUAUUCAGUGGGAUAAUGUCAGGAAACGCUUCUUCACGAAGGGAGAAUUUUAGAAUGAUACAGCACAGGAAGCCUAUUGCCCAAUUGUGUGUCUCUCUCUACUCUUGGAGAGAAUUAUCUUGUUCAUUCCACUCUCCUGCUUUUUUCCAUAACCCAGAAAAUUUCUGUCCUUCAAGUAUUUAUCCAAUUCCCUUUUCAAAGUUAUGCUUCCAUCGCCCUGUCAGGCAAUGCAUUCCCAAUUGCAACAACUCACUGUGUAAAUUCUCUUCCCUCAAGUCAUCUCUGGUUCUUUUCCCAAUUACUUUAAAUCUAUAUUUUCUGGUUACUAAUUCUUCUGCCAAAGGAAACAGUUUCUCCUUAUUUGUCCUAUCAAAACCUUCAGGAUUUUGAACAACUCUGUUAAAUUUCCUCUUAACCUUCCCUGCUCUAAGGAGAACAAUCCCAGCUUCUCCACUUUCUCCACAUUACUGAAAUGCCUCAUCCCUGAAACCAUUCUAGUAAAUCUCUGAACUUUCUCCAAGGCCUUGACAUCCUCCUUAAAGUGUGGUGCCCAGAACUGAAUACAAUACUCCAACUGAGUCCUAAAUGGUGUUAUAAAGCUUUAGCAAAAUGUCCUUGUUUUUAUAUUCCGUACCUGUUAAAAAAUCCAAUGGUGCUAUAACAGCUUUCUCAACGUGUCCUGUUUCCUUCAGAAUUGGUGUGAGUACACCUCCUCCCCCCAAGUCUCUUUGUUCCUUCACCCCUCUUGGUUUUAUUGCCUCUCCUCAUUCUCCUGAUCAAAAUUAAUCAUUUUGGGAGGUGGUCAAAAUCUGGGAUGCUCUCGCCCAAAAUAAGCUGUUGAGGCUGAGGCCAAUUGAAAAUUUCAAAACUGAGAUUGUGAGAUUUUUGUUAGCAAGGAUAUGAAUUGACCUAGUUGAAUGAUGGAAUAGGCUUGAUGGGCAGAAUAGCCUCUUCAUGUUCCUAUUUUCUUACGUUAACUAGGUCUAAACCUAAACACAACACAUGGUGAUUCAUUUUGGUCAAGCACAUGCAUGAACUGUAGGUUUUUUUGAACAGUGCCUUCCUGUUAAAAGCUGCUAUUUCAAGCUUUUUUUUCAUCAUUCUCCCCUUCAGGAGAUGUUUAAAAUUCACUUGUGAUCUGCAACAGAGGUCCUCUGGCUAUCUUCCAAACAUUUCCUUCUCUUCUAAUGAAUGUGGCAUUUCAAUUUCUAUUGAGUCAGCAGUAGUUUCAGGGUAACUGUGAGACUAUUACCUGGUCCUCAGCUUACUGUUGUCAUUCCCGUUACUGGAAAUUUGGCCAGUCACUGCACUGGAUCAUUUUAUAUUUUUAUUAAAUUGACAGGAAUUUUAACAAGGACCAUGUUUAUAUUUGAGGUAUGAAUUGGCAGUUAUGUAUUGCCCAUUAAAAAAAAACAUGUCUCAGGUGUCAUUUGGCAGUUAUAUCAAGGCAAAUGAUUUGGCACAGUACAGCAUAUCACCACAAAUUCUUUAACUGUCUGUACGUACCCCACCUGGUGCUCAAGAGCCAAAACUUUUCUUCAUCAGUCUGAGUGACAGUAUUAACGACAAAUUACUUCUGUUAUAAUUGGUGCUUCACAAAGACAUCUCACUCGGCCGAAGAUCUCAAAGUGACUGGGGAUUACACAGGGAAAGUAUUUGCAAUCAGCCAUGAAUGGGAUUCCUCAAUGUGAAACUCUUUUAAAAGGUAGCGAGGGAUUAUAAGACUGGAAUGCCUCUGAUUUUUGCCUUUGUUUAAUUUGUUGUAAGUCUUAAAGUGUUUCUAGGUUUUGUUUGAAUGAUGCAGUCACUUGAACCCUGGAAUGUAGUUGUUGUACUGUUCCUCAAACACAGCCCAAAGCUCCAAGUUGUGCAGUAACUUUCUGUUUGGAAAUCAUAAAAAUGGUGUUCAUGGAACUAAAAUUUCUCUCAGCAGGAAUUUCACUGUUAUACAUAGACAUCCAGAGAAUCCAUAGAGGGUUUAUAAAACAUAAGCCCAGGAGAGGGUGCUGCAGCCUGAGGAAUAGUAACAGGCAUUGGUGUUCAGGGACUCUGGCUGCUGUCUCGCACCACUGGUCUCAACUUUUGGUGAGAUCAAACCCCUAGCCUGUUUUUCCUGUUAGAGGGAUUUUCCAUCCUUUGGUUCUCUGGUUUUUGCUGCUUUGAGCAGUCUCAGGGUUUGAUACCUAGUUCUUCCGAGCCUCCUGGCAUUUUUGAGAAGAAAUGAGUAUUUCUGUCCCUGCGUCAGACACAACCACUGGGGGAAAACCCAGAUUAUCAACUGCCAGCAAUAUCCACCAGGCACUACCCUGGAUUCAUAAUUCCCCAGGCUUUUUCCUUGUGUCUGGGAACUAAAUGUUUCCCAGAUGCAAAAAUCUGAACAACUAACCCCGGUGACUAUUAGAAUUCAGCUACCACAGAAAUAGUGCAAAACACUGUUCCCUAAAAACAGAAUAAAUGACAAAUGUAUUGAAAUUCUGGCAUUUCUUUUGUGAACAUUAGAUUUAAAAUGGCAAUAAUUCAAUGGUUUAUUCGUAUUUUGCUGCAAUAUUUUGAAUGACCAUGCAUCUACUUUUAACUUGUGCUAUUUCCCAAUAAAAGCUCUAUUGCAUUUUA